AUGGGUUUGGGUAAGCUUUUCGCCCACUUGCUUGUUUUACGUUCGUCUGGAUUCAGCGGAAAGGUUCUUGCCAGAUUUGUUUCAUCGUUUUAUUGUGUGUUCAUUACUCUCAUAUUUCUUCAUGUUCGCCCUGUUUUUGCAGAGGAGUUUAUGUCCGACCUAUUUGUGCAUACAAGUGACAAUCGAGUUGUGCUUUUGCCUCCGAUGAACGGUUGUGGCAACGACGAGUCUCUUCCUUCCGGCGACAGCCGAUUGUUUUACUUUGACGAAUCUCUACGCAACAAGCUAUGUGAAGGCAAUGCUGCUCUAUCAUAUGCGGAGCUCCAACAAACAAGGCAGAACUACACAGUGGCUAAAGAGAUUUAUCAGCAUGUUUUAGAAGGAGCCAGUGAACUUGAAAAGAGUGGCAAUGUAUACUUAGGAGGUGGUAACCUGAACAUGGAGGGUUUAAUGAUGCAGGCCAUGUGUGGUUUAGGACAACUUGGAUCACAUUUGAGUAACUUCCGUAAGGCCGAGGAGCAUUUGACAAAGGCAUUAGCCAAGGCAGAGCUUAUCUAUGGUGAAACACAUCCCAAGGUCGGUGUUAUCUUAACAGGUAUGGCUCUUAUGUAUAGGCGUAAAGCAAUUGAGGAGAAAUCAAGUUCGCUUGUGGUUCAAGAGGGUCUCUACAAUAAAGUUGCAAAAAUUUUGAAGUUUCCAGCAGCUGAAUCUGAAGGUACUGAUGCUGCUGCACCAUCGGUUAAGAGAAAUGAUAUAGUGGCUCUUGCAAGCGGUGGAUUAGCUGAAGUACUCAAUGUCCAAGAAAAUAGACGGAGUGAAGGAGAAAAGAUGAAGAAGUUGUCCGAGUCCUUAUGGAAAAACAGCAGGAUGUCUCUGGAUGAUUUUCUAGGAAAUACAGAAGCAAACAUAAGUCCAGUUGUUGAUGCUCGUAUUUCCAGGCUUCUGUAAAUUGAUUCAUCUUCUGCUGCUGUAGGUUUAGGUUGAACUAAUGAUAAAUGAAAAAAAUGUUAUGAUGACAAGACACGUAAAGUGAUGAUUGUGGUGAAGCAUUAGAUGAAUUCUUUAUGGUAGUAACAUAACACUAUCCAUUGUUGGAUAUAUUAGUACUUUAAUCAAUGGAUUAGGUUUAGUAUUGGGAACUUAUUCAAACUUGAAAUUUGAAACUUUCAGAUGAAGUUCCUCUUGUUCUAAUAAUAUUGAUGCAAAAUGACAAUUAAGACACUGUGUCCAGUAAAAUUGUUAAGAUUCUUUUUCUUCA